GACCCUGCUGCGGCCGCGCACGGAGACGGAGGAGAAAUCAGCGUCACGCUGACGAGAGUUUGCAGAGCGCGUUAUCAUCGCACCACAGUGCCGCGUCCUUAUUGGCAGUCUGCUCAACAACCCGCGGACACUGCAGUCACAGAUUAACAGCAGGAAUACAGCACACACAAACACGUCCAAAGGAUGUCGGGAAUCACCGGGAAUUUGGAUUGCGAUGAUUGUUUAACUGCUGCACAUGUGGCCAACAACACGGAAUUACACCUGCACUCCACUGUGGAUGAGGACGAUGAACUUCUGAGAUACAUCUGGAGAGAGUACUUGCACCCCAAGCAGUAUGAAUGGGUUCUCAUUGUGGCUUACAUUAUUGUGUUCUUCGUUUCACUCAUUGGAAACUCCCUGGUAAUUUGUUUUGCAGUAUGGAAAAACCGUCACAUGCGCACUGUGACAAACUAUUUCAUCGUGAAUCUCUCCUUUGCUGAUGUCUUGGUCACCAUCAUCUGCCUGCCUGCCAGUCUAGUCGUAGACAUCACUGAGACCUGGUUCUUUGGAAACACUCUUUGCAAAGUUGUGCCUUAUCUGCAGACCAUCUCUGUUUCUGUAUCAGUCCUAACACUGAGUUGUAUUGCCCAAGACCGUUGGUAUGCUAUCUGCCACCCUCUGAUGUUCAAGAGCACAGCCAAGAGGGCUCGCAAGAGUAUUGUCGUCAUCUGGGUUGUGUCAUGCAUCAUCAUGAUCCCCCAAGCUAUUGUGAUGGAGUGCAGCAGCCUGCUGCCUGAGCUCACAAACAAGACCAGCCUGUUCACAGUGUGUGAUGAACAUUGGGGAGCUGAGAUCUACCCCAAGGUGUAUCACACCUGUUUCUUCAUCGUCACCUACUUUGCACCAUUAUGUCUCAUGGUCCUGGCAUAUAUCCAGAUAUGUCACAAGCUGUGGUGUCAACAGAUUCCUGGAAGCACAUCAGUGUUGCAGAGGAAGUGGAGAUCCAUCCAGUGCUCAGCUCCGACCCCUGGCCCAGGAGAGUCUGUGAGGGUCAGGACCAGCACAGUUUGUGCUGAGAUCAAACAGGUCCGAGCCCGACGCAAGACAGCUCGCAUGCUGAUGGUGGUGCUCUUUGUGUUUGCGCUCUGCUACCUACCAAUCAGCGUGCUCAAUGUGAUGAAAAGGGUCUUUGGGACUUUCAAGAACACAAAUGACAGAGAAACAGUGUAUGCGUGGUUCACUUUCUCCCAUUGGCUCAUAUAUGCCAACAGUGCAGCAAAUCCCAUCAUCUACAAUUUCCUCAGUGGGAAGUUCCGUGGGGAAUUCAAAGCAGCCUUUUCUUGCCAUUGUUACGGCCAAGGCGAAAAUCAAACCAAGAGGAUAAGAACCAGAACGAGCACAGACAGCCGAAAAUCUCUGUCAACCCAAGUAAACAACAUGGACAAUGUGUCACGCAUAUCAGACCAGAUAGUGUAGUCUUGUAAUCCAGGUAGGGAGUUCUCAAGAUCACUCCAAGCUUUUAAGGACACACUUAUCACUCUCACAGGUAGACAUUAAAAUGUCCUUUGUUUUGAACAAACCUCUGGAUGGAAAAGAAUGUGUUGUUUUAUGUUCGUUUAGUUUUACAAGGACACUUGACCUCUGUUUUCUGAAGACCUUCUCACUUCUUUUACAUGGUCAGGAACACAGGACAUGGCAAUCACUUGUAAUUAACAGAAACUGUCUAUUUAUUAUCAAAGAACACCAUUUGAUGGUUUAGUAUUUAAAAACUCCUACCAUAUAUAUUUUUUAUGAUAUUAUGAUAUUUCAGUUGUAUAUGGAUAGUUUCAUUGCAUUGUAAACGUACCAUUUUGUAUUUAGAAGUUUAUUUUUGGUUCAGUGGCCAGAAUCAGUAUUACAGAUUAUCAGUUUACGGGUUUUUACAAGAUGUUCAGAUUUGUAAUUUGUCUCC